UGGUGUUAUCUCUGAGGUCUCUUAUUACCAGAAGAUUGUAUGCAACAUCAAGCCUUGCUGUCGUUGAUUCAAUAGAUAUUCUGUCCGUGGAAGGAUGUAAGAAUCACUCAGCAGAAAAUCGAAAUGAGGCCAUGGAAAUCAACAUGCUGGAACUCAACUCACAGUUGAAGUGCCUAACAAAAGCUGGCGACUUGAGAAGUGCCCGCAACUUGUUCGAUAGAUUGCCUCACAGAGAUGAAAUUUCUUGGACUACUAUGAUUUCGGGUUAUGUCAAUGCUUCGGAUUCAUCUGAAGCUUUGUCUUUGUUUUCUAAGAUGUGGGUUGCUCCGUGUGUCCGAAUGGACCCCUUCAUACUUAGCCUUGCUCUAAAGGCAUGUGGGCUAAGUGUGGAUGUGAAAUUUGGGGAAAUGCUGCAUGGGUAUUCAGUGAAAACUGGUUUAGUUAGUUCAGUUUUUGUAGGGAGUGCAAUGCUUGAUAUGUACAUGAAAAAUGGGAGAGUUUUUGACGGUUGUAGAUUCUUUGAUGAUAUGCCAUUAAGGAAUGUAGUGUCUUGGACUGCCAUUAUCACGGGGCUUGUUCGUGCCGGAUUUAAUUCUCAGGGGUUGUCAUAUUUUGCUAAAAUGUGGAGGGAUGGUGUUGACUAUGACUCUUAUACGUUUGCCAUUGCAUUGAAGGCGUGUGCUGAUCUGGAGAUUUUAAAUUACGGAAAGGAGAUUCAUGCACGAACAAUGAAGAAGGGUGUAGAUACGACUUCAUAUGUGGCUAAUAGUCUUGCGACCAUGUAUAACAAGUGUGGGAAACUAGAAUAUGGUUUGCGUCUGUUUGGAAACAUGAGCAAACCAGAUGUGGUAUCUUGGACCUCCAUAAUAACCACACAUGUCCAGAGAGGCCAAGAGCAACAGGGAAUUGAUUCAUUUUUGCGGAUGAGAGAGUGUGAUGUGUGCCCUAAUGAGUAUACCUAUGCAGCAGUUAUUUCAGGCAUUGCAAAUAUUGCAAGACUUGAUUGGGGUCAGCAAUUGCAUGCACAUGUUUUGCAAGUAGGUCUUGCAGGUUCAUUAUCCGUGGCAAAUUCCCUCAUGACAAUGUAUUCGAAAUGUGGAAAUUCUAAUUCAGCUUCAAUUAUUUUUCAUGAAAUGACUGUAAGAGAUGUCAUUUCAUGGAGUACAAUUAUUGCAGGUUAUUCUCAAGGGGGUUGCGGAGAGGAGGCUUUUGAGCUUCUGUCAUGGAUGAGAAGAGAGGGGCCGAAGCCAACUGAAUUUGCUCUCUCUAGCGUACUAAGUGUUUGUGGAAGUAUGGCAAUUCUUGAUCAUGGUAGACAGAUUCAUGCUUAUGCAUUGACUGUUGGUUUAGACCAAACGGCUAUGAUAAGAAGUGCUUUGAUUAAUAUGUACUCAAAAUGUGGGAGCAUAGCAGAGGCAGAAAAAAGUUUUUCUAUGUCAGAGAAUGAUGAUAUAGUGUCAUGGACAGCCAUGAUUAAUGGAUAUGCUGAACAUGGAUACAGCCAAGAAGCUAUUGGAUUAUUUGAAAAAAUUUGUCAUGUUGGUUUGAGGCCAGAUUCUGUUACAUUUAUUGGCGUUCUUAGUGCUUGUAGCCAUGUUGGACUUCUCGAUCUUGGCUUUCACUAUUUUGAUUCAAUGACUAAUGAGUACAGAAUAAAUCCUUCUAAAGAACAUUACGGUUGCAUGAUUGAUCUCCUAUGUCGAGCUGGUCGACUACGUGAAGCUGAGAAUAUGAUAAGAAGCAUGCCAUUUGAACGGGAUGAUGUUGUUUGGUCAAGUCUGCUAAGAGCCAGUAGAGAACAUGGUGAUGUGGAAUGUGGAAGGAUUGCAGCAGAGCAUCUACUUCAACUAGAUCCAGAUUGUGCAGGGACCCAUAUCACACUGGCUAACAUUUAUGCUUCAACAGGGAAAUGGAGAGAAGCAGCAGAUGUGAGGAAACUGAUGAAAUCAAAAGGUGUUAUCAAGGAACCUGGAUGGUCUUGGAUAAAAGUCAAGGAUCAGGUUUCUGCUUUUGUUUCUGGUGACAAGUCUCAUACACAGGCUGAAGACAUAUAUAACAUUUUGGAGUUAUUAGCUUCAAAAGAAGAACUCACUAUCCAGGACCUUGCUUCAAUCCUGUAUGUUUCCGAAGGAUAACAGAUGAUUAAGGUAGUCAGUUCUAUCCUAUUUGUUAAUUGAUAACGAGCUUUUUGAGAGCACCAGCUUCUUUUGCAGUGACUUUUGCUUGCAGUUAUUGUCUAUUAUGCAAGCCCAGAAUUGAAGUUCAGAAUGGACUUGUGGGUAAUAGUUUUCAGCAAUCUGGCUUUUUGCGUAAGUUGUGCUUCUUGCCAGUAAGAUAUGGAAAAAUUGCUCUAGGUUGAAGCUGGAGACAAUCUAGCUUGCCACUUUCAGGGUAGACACUAGAUAAAAUGUGUUUCUUCAAACGUAUAUAAUACGCAAAAUUCUUUGGUGGUGCUGACCUAAUGAUCUGGUAAUUAGUUUGACUUUCUAGAGUCUGACUAACCUCUGAAAGAGAGAUGUUAUCAUGUCAGAAGCUUGAGGUAAAGAGCAUGUCAACUGCAAGUGAGUAGAAAUAUAAGAGACAAGAAUUUCAGAACAGCUAUAGUUUCAAGGAACUCUCUAUUGCCAGUGCAGGUGAAAGAUCAUGAGAGCACUAAGGCUCAGACCAUGAGAACAUAUGAGCUGCAAGGGAGUAGAAAUACAAGAAACAAGAAUUUCAGAAAAGCUCUAGUUUUAAGGAGCUCUAUUGCUAGUGGAGGUGAAAGAUCCUGUACAAAAUCAUAUUCUGUUAUACAUGAGUUCCUGGAGGAAGUGAACUAAAGGUUCCAAUGAAUCCAAGGAAAGAUCUUCCACCAAAGUGGGUAGAUGGAAUCAUAUGAAAGGUUCGAAGAACUUCCAUUCCAUUCAAGUUCUUGUUCAAGAGCAAGGAUAAAGAAGAAUUUGAUAAAGAUGGACUAGACCAAUGAAACACAAAUACCUUGGAUCAGGAAGUGCAUAAUUCAUGCUUAAAUACACAAAUGCCGAGUCGGAUGCUGAAACAUAGCAGCAUUGUUGUAUGUUCAGUAAGAUCUGAAGGUGGUAGAUCUAUUUAAAACUGCUCAAAAAGGACCGCUGGGGGAUGGUGGUAGCACUUUGUUUCUUCAGCAAAUACUCUUUCAUCAAUCUAAGAUAUUCGAUUCAUGGCUCGUAUGAUAAUGUCACUCAAAGUCUUGGACCAACGUUGUUAAGACUGUAUUAUCAUCUCAUACACUGGAGUUAAUGUUACCUGGACCAUGAAGUUUCUUUUUUCAAUGUGAGUACCAAGUCUACUUCUCAUGUACGUGUUUGUCAUGAUAUGUU